UAAAUUUCCACUUCGUCCGCAGCUCUUGAGGACCCGAACCAAGAGCCGACAGGUCGUCAGUGAAACUGGGCUGAACAAAUGAAUUCAGGGACUAAUGCGUAAUGACGAGUUUAUGACAGAAAUAACGUGGGGACUGCAUGUGCAUUUGGGUUGAAUAUUCAACAAGUUCCCCAUAUCUGAAGGCACCAUGGAGAAUCAUAACCUGCGUUCAUCCCACACACCUUCCACCAGCUUCCAAGUGGUCUCCGUGCGUUUUCAAAGAACUUUUCACUCUUCUAACGACUCUUAGGACAUGCAGUGUUUCAUUCACACACACUUCAGAGACGCAUUCCAGGAACAACACUUUGACAUGCAGAGCCGUGGUGUGGUGAGAAGCUUGGCCGGUCUGUCCGCGGCGCGCUCCUGCUUGCUGCUGCUCUUCAUCCACAUGAGCGCACCGGUGGAGGCGAAGAGAGUGCAGGGCGAUCGGGCGCAAACUCGACGGGCGCAGCAGCAGCAGCCUCCGGCGCACAGGGAGCGGGUGGAAGGAGCAGAGAGCUUCCCGCUAGACUUUACAGCCGUGGAGGGUAACAUGGACAACUUCAUGGUGCAGAUAAAGAACUUGGCACAGUCAUUGUACCCGUGCUCUGCGCAGAAGCUGGACCAAGACAUGAAGCUGCACUUCUUGAAGAACGCCUCUGUGACUUGCAAUGACGGUUCACCAGCAGGGUUCUACAUCAAGGAGUCUAAAGGCAGCAAGAGGUGGCUGCUGUUCUUAGAAGGUGGGUGGUACUGUUUCAACAAACAGACCUGUGACAGCAGGUAUGAGACAAUGAGGAGACUGAUGAGCUCCACCAAGUGGCCACAGACCAGAACAGGAACAGGAAUUCUGUCUCCUCAGCCGGAGGAAAACCCUCACUGGUGGAACGCCAACAUGGUGUUCAUCCCGUACUGCUCCAGCGACGUGUGGAGCGGAGCCACACCGAAGACAGAUCACAGUGAUUAUGCGUUCAUGGGCUCUCUGAUCAUUAAGGAAGUGGUGAACGAGCUGCUGACAAAAGGUCUGGACAAUGGCAAGGUUCUGCUUCUGGCAGGAAGCAGUGCGGGGGGUACAGGUGUCUUACUGAACGUGGACCACGUUGCAGAGCAGCUGGAGUCACAGGGCCACCGAGGGGUGCAGGUCCGGGGUCUGGCUGACUCCGGAUGGUUCCUGGACAACAAACAGUACAAAUUCACAGACUGCCUGGAUACCAUCAGCUGUGCCCCCACUGAGGCCAUAAAGAGAGGCAUCAGGUACUGGGGCGGUUUGGUGCCAGAGAGCUGCAGACAGGCUCAUGUGGGAGAGGAGUGGAACUGUUUCUUUGGAUAUAAGGUCUACCCCACGUUAAAAAGCCCGGUGUUCGUGGUGCAGUGGCUGUUUGAUGAGGCCCAGCUGAUGGUCGACAACGUCCACCUGACCGGACAGCCCGUCCACGAGGGCCAAUGGAGGUACAUACAGAAACUGGGACAGGAGCUGAGCAGCACGCUACGUGACGUACCGGCGAUGUUUGCUCCGGCCUGUCUGUCGCACGAACUCAUUACUAGAACCUACUGGAUGGACAUUCACGUGAAAGGCACCUCCUUGCCCAGAGCCCUCCACUGCUGGGACCGCAGUCUCCAAGAUAACAACCACAUCAACAGCAGCAACCACAACCACCAAAAGCACAAGACCCUGCCCACGAGGGGCUGCCCUCUACAUUUGAUUGACAGCUGCCCGUGGCCUCACUGCAAUCCGUCCUGUCCGACUAUUCGUGACCAGCUGACGGGACAGGAGAUGAGCGUGAUCCAGUUCCUGAAGCACAUGGGCUUUGACGUGCAGAAGAUGGCCCAGCAGCAGGGGAUGGACCCCAGGACACUACUGGGCAUGCUCAGUAACGGGAACUGAGUUGCAGCAAAGUUAGUGUAGUGUCAGCGACCCACACGGCAGAGAUAGGAAAGUGCUGGACAUAAAUGGAAGACGACGGGAACAAAACUUGAACGAUAAAACUGUCAAUGCUUCCAAAGAUCGUCCUCCAUCAACAAACAAGACUCAGUUUCUGAAAAACUGAACGACACAAAAACUCACAACGAAGUGCCUGAUGAGAAUGGAAGACAAAUACAGUCAAACCUGAGCUGUUUAAACAUGUAAACAUAGAGGAUCACAUGCUCCUUGUUUUAAUAUAUAGACAUACUCAUAACAUUAUUGUGAGGUGGGUACAGUGACCACAGUGUGUAUAUAAAGUAUAUAGAAUAUAUACAGGAAAUAUGUACUGUACAUUAUGUAUGUGCAGUUGAGACGGUGGUAGUCUAAAAUAGUCAGUGGAAACACAGAUGGUUUUGUGGGGAUAGGGCGCUCCCUUCUGUCGACUCAAGGUAUCAAAUUCAGAAAUCCAUGUAUGGUGCUGCUGUUCCUACCCUCCGUCAAAUAUGCUGCUUUUUCUCAUUUUGGAAAAAUAAUUUAAUGGGUAAUAUUUACUAAUAAAAAGGUACAAAUAUUAAGAUUAUUACUUUGUUCUUCAGGCUACUUAUAAGUGCUUGUAUAUUUAUUUUUCUACUGAAAAUAUAUUUUAUAUAAGUCUUAUAGUCAGACACAGUUAGCUACUGUAACAGUGUCUCCACAACCUUUUACUUUUUUACUUGCAUGUUUGUGGUAAGAAAUCCUGUAUGCUAAUUGGACAACUGAAGUCGAUAUAGUUUUUAAGGCUUUUGAGUUUCUGACAAAUAUUUUCUUGUGCUGUAGUAGUGCCAGCAUCUAAUGUAAACGCUAAUAAAUACAAAUACAAGCCGAUAUGAUAAAAACAUAAUUUAAUAAUUACAAGUAUGGCAAUAAAGUGGUUGUUAUCACCCUAAAAAAAAAAUCUCAGAAAACAAAAUGGAGGAACAAAAAGCCAUUUCCAGUAUUAUCACACCACAUAAUCUCACCCACAACAUACAUACUGAUGAUAAAUGUAAAAGCAUUAAAAACUACAUUGUAGACAACAUUUUUUGCACAAGACAUAAGAAUAAAAACUUUCUUUCUUCACAGUUGAUAUGAAAAGUGCUUCUAUGAGAGAUGACUGAAAAACUGAAAACAUCAGCUUUAACAAGUUUCAGGUUAUUCUGUCUGUAACUUUGAACUUCCUAAAGUUUGAGUUUGGGUAUUUCAUCUAUAAACAUAAUGUAUAAAGCAGACAGCUUUGUUUGGCCUGAUAUUUCCACACCGUUUGUUUCCUCUCUCUACAAACUCCAGCUAUUAAAAUCCUAGCCACAUUUUAAAUGUACCUAAUGCAUAAAUCAUCUGAACCUGGUCGUAUA